CCCGCAAGUUGAGCAGCUCUAUCGCCCCAGUAGCCAACCUGCUCCACCUGCAGUCGUUCGUCGCUGCUUCGGUCCCGAGCGUUGGAGAGCUCCGCGGGCCUCCGUAGGGUUGGAGUCUUGAAAGCUCCGGACCGGGAAGUUUUAUUCCGGCUCAAACCAGUUAGACCACGAGAACAACAGCACAGCCCUGCACGGUGGCAGACCGCGGGAAACUGUCGUUACUUCCUGUCUGAUGAAGUCUUGGCGCGACUUUGGGCUUGGAAAUAUCAACAAGACCAAGGAAAGUCGGGCAGGUUUUCACAAGCACAGCAGCUUGGAAGGAUGGAGACCUGUGAUGAAUCUAGUUUCCUGACCUCAUGUGACUGUGCAGUUGUUGCCCCUGGUGCUGAUGAAGAUUCUGUGGAUAUCUACGAAGGCCUGGAUGGUGGAAUUGACAGCAACACUGAGAAGUCCCCCCCUGUCAGCUCGCAGCUGAAAGACUCGAUGGAUCUGUAUGAGGACAUCGUGGCAGAGGAACAGCAGAACAGAGAUUGCCGGUACUCUGAGUUAAAAUCCAGAUUCGAGGCGGCCCAGAAGCAGAUUAAAGAGCUGCAUAGAAGACUUGAGCAGAUGGAGCUACAGAAUACCAGGUUGACGACCGAAAACAAUCGUCUUAAGAAGAACAUCUCGGCACUUUUACGAACAGCAAGGCAAGAAGUUGUUCGGAAAGAUGCUGAGAUUCAAAGGUUGACCCAGCGGGCUGGAAGGUUUCCUCAUUACCAUCCGUCUAAGACAAAAAGUAUACAGGAUCCGAAUUGGGUUGGUCGGACCUCCAUCCGCUCCUCAAUUAGAACACUUUCACCACAAUCUCCUCCAAAUUCACAGUCUAAGGAGGAGCUCCCUUUAGUAGAUGCUCCUCAACCUACGACCAAAGCACCUUGUGAUUUCAGCAGAUCUACAACCCCCCCACUUCAUAACCACUCUCAAAGAGGACAGGAAGUAGCUAAGAAACAGACUGAACCAGGCAGGCACGAGUCCAGAGACAGAGAGGAGAGAAAUGAGAGUCAGAAACUGUCUGCUUCAACAGAUCGGAGGCUUAGAAAUGGUUCGCAUCACGACAAGGACUCUGACCAAAAGCAGGUACACAAUGGGGAUAAAGACACUGGACAAGGGUGCGGCUCUCGGUCGCACAAAUACAGGAAAUCCCAAAACAUAGAGAGACACUGCCGAUCAGAUGGAGCUAAAACUUCUUCACAAGAACGUCUGAGCACUGCAGCCUCCUCUGAACAGCAGAACGAAGGCAGUAAAGUCCAGAGAAGAGAUGAAGCUAGAACAGCUUCUCUAGAGCACGAUAAAGCUCAACAUUACCCGUCAGGUGGAAACUGCCUCCCUGAGUACAGAAGAAUCUCCAAAAGUCACACAUAUGAUAGGUGGUCCAGUUCAAAGGACAAGAAAAGCUCUUCUCCAGAGCAGUCUAAGCGCUCCGGUGAGGGCAGUAAAGAACGAGAAAGAGAUCAACACAGAGAUCAUCAAAGACGCGCAGAUAGGUGUAGGGAUGAAGUCGAGAGAAGGCGUCACAGGAAAAGCAGUCAGAAAGAGAACAGCAGAGAGCACAGGAAGCACAGAGCUAAACAGCCAGAAAGAAGACGGGAAAAGAAAGCUAAAGAUGUCAAAAGGUCAGCUGGAGAGCCAGACGCAAGUAUGUCUGUGGAUGAAAAUAAUUCAAACAAGAAACUGUGCUUCAUGGAAACAUUGAAUCUGACCCUCUCACCAAUCAAAAAGCAUGUUCUGCCCAAAGACAGCAGCGCCCAACUCCCAAAAGUAGACGGUUCUGUUGAAGAGCAAUCAGCGGAGGAACACUCCCAGCCCGACAUGGACGACCUGUGCGUCAUCGAUGAGGUAGACAGCAGUGAGCUACAAGCAGAACUAGAACAUGUUGCUGAGCGACCCACACAGGACCUCACAGCCCCGAGUAACCAGACGAUCAGUGACAGUUCUGAUGUGGACGACGGGAUGGAAAAUGCCAAAAAUGGGAAUGAGUCUGCCGGCGAAACCCUUUCUGUCCUGAGUAGUCCCCCCCAACGCCAAUCCCAGGAUGCAACAGGGGGCGAAGAGCCGGUGCCCUGUAAAGACCUGUCUUCAAAGAGCUGUUCUUCACCAGCAGCGGAUGACUCAGAGCAUUGUGAGAAACUGGUCUCAGGCGGCCAGCUAGCUGGACAUGGUCAACUGGAGGUCACAGAGAGCUCUCAGCCCAGCGACACGUCUCCAUCCAUCGGGGAGCAACAGAAAAGCACCGAAGUACAAAGCACCCAGCCUGACCAUGCAGCUGAUCUUCUUGCUGAUGGGACAGAAGCUGCUGCUGCUGUUAAUUCAGAUGAAACUGCUGUUCCAGCGAGUGUGUCGAUAGAUGCAGCCAACAACGCUGCAGCAUCACCUCAGCCAAAGGACUCUGAUGAUCCUGAACACAGGCUGGAGAAAGCCAGAACGACAGGUCAACGGUGCGUUCACGCUGUUUCACCAGCUCAGCCAGGUCUCUGCCUCCCAUCUUCAACCAGCGUACCUCAGGGGAACGAUCAUCUCGGUCAACUGGAACGCUCCAAAGACCCAGAUUCAGUGUCCAGCUCCAUCUGUCUGGAUUCAUUUCCACAGGAAGGGCUGAGUCUCUCGGAAGCCAUUUAUGUUAUGACGCAGACAGACGAGGACCCCGCUGAUGACGGGGACGUCAGCAGCCAGCCCCACUCUUCUGUUGGCUACAUCGGAGUGUCCAAGGUGAGCAGCACAACAGAGGAGGACAUGUACCUGGGGAAAUCCAGUGCCCUCACCGUCACACCUCAGAAGACUUGCAGCCAGGACCCCCACGCUGAGCCGUCCAGCUCCGUGUCAUUGCCUCACGAUGAAGACUCCAUGAUGCACACACUAAGCAAUCUAAGGAGGAUCCCUGAAGCCAUCAGCCCCCUGAGGAGCCCCAUACAGACAGCUAAGAGAAGUCUCCUCCAUGUGCAAAGCAAGCUCGCGCAUGUGAAGAGUCUUCAGAAAGAUUUUUCUACCAUUGCUGUUGAGAACAACUUGAAGAAGUUGGACGUUAACAAGGAGAACAAAUAUCCAGGUUCUCCUGCUAAUCGAGAGGCACAGAACAUGGCGUCUGACCAGACUUCAAGCCGUAUUGACAUGGAACUGGAAGAAGGGGAGAUUUUAAGCGAGAGUGAUGAGGCAGCUUCAAGUUCUCACGUUCCUGCUACCAAGAAGGCAAAGUUAACAGAACCGGUCAAGAAUAAACCAAGCAUCACAUCUUUAAGAAAACCACCUGAAGAAGGCCGGGUUGUUUCCAAGGAGCCUCAUGAUUCAGCUGCCCUCUCCACACACAGUCCUAGAAGUCGUUUUAAGAGCGUUUGCCCAGCAGUUAGCAAAACAUCGUUUUCAACUAUAGAGGAAAUCAUGGAGACGUUCAAGCUGGUUCGCACAGAGAUGCGAAAGAAAUACAUGAAGCUCCACAAAACAUUCCCUAAGAAAAGCUUUUAUGGUGUGAUGGACAAUUUUCAGAAGUCCUUUGUAGAGUUUGUGGAUGGUGCUCAGUUUGGCCAAAUGUGCAGUGAGCCUGAGGAGCUGAAGUCUAAGUUGAGGAUGCUGAUUGCAUCUGUGUUUACCAAGGUGUUCAAUAAUGGCAUUGUCAAACGCAUUUUUGAACAGCAAGCGGUCAAUCUAAAGCAAAAGCUGUGGGACUUUGUAGAUAACCAAGUGGACUACUUGUUUUUGGAAAUCCGCACAACACUGAAGAGGCUCUGCCAACCUGUGAGGGCUCCUGUUAAAGUCAAAAGGUCCAAUGGAGAGGAAACCGACUUUCAGCAGACUCCUGUCAAAAAGCCACUGUCUAAACAGAACGAGUCCAAUUCCCAUAACUCCAGCCCUAAUGGGACCAAGUCAUGCGCUGUGGUCCCUUACAGAACCGGCCUUGGAAGCAGAGGUAAAGACAUCCGGAUGUCACACACAGAAGAAGACUCCACCUCUCGUGUUCAUCCUCCAGAACGGGCAAAUAAACAAGAUACGGUCGAUUUCCUUUCCUGCAGCAAUCUCCUCCCAUCUCCAGAGAAGAAUACAAUACCUUCUUUGGUGAGCUCUCAGAACGGCUCCUUGCUGGAUAAAACUGACUUUGAGCUUCUCACAGAACAACAAGCUUCCAGUUUGACAUUCAAUUUAGUUAGAGAUUCUCAGAUGGGAGAAAUAUUCAAAUGUCUUCUUCAAGGAUCUGACUUAUUGGAGAGCACGGGGAUGCCUGGUGACGGCACCACGUGGUCAGUUGGUACUCCAAGGAAGGAUGGAGAAAGAUUUUUUGGCUUCUCCACACCAUCGAAAUUCCUGUCACCAUCCAAGUCUGAAGCUUCGUCCAGACUCAUUUCUACCUGGUCUAGCAUUUCCCCCCGAAAGAGGUCAUCCCCGUGUGCCAAAGAUAAGAUCCCCCUUAACCCAGCCCUGUUUGAUGAAAGUUGCCUCUUAGAGGUUCCAUCUGGAAACGCAGUGCUGCUGCAGGGCUGCCUUGCAGCAGAGAAAUCAUAUUCUAUUUUAGCCGAAGACCUGGCAGUCUCUCUAACAAUACCGUCUCCUCUUAAAUCUGACGGCAGCCUCAGUUUCCUACAGCCAGCAGGCACUGGGAUACAAGUGGUGUCCACUCCAGACAGCGUCAUCAAUGCUCACAUAAGUGAGGAUGCCCUGCUGGAGGGGGAAGAUGCCACAGAGCAGGACAUUCACCUGGCUCUGGACAACUCCAGCUGCAGCUCUAAAGACAGCACCGCCUCAGAAACACCUGCCAGUGGUUUAGUCUUCAAGCCUGAUGUUCCCAUGCAGGCGCUGGUGAUGGAGAAGUCCAAUGAUCACUUUGUCGUAAGGAUUCGUCAGAUGAGUGUAGCUGCAGAACCCACGCUGAUUGCCCAGGAGAGCUUAAGCCAGACGCUGGUAAAACGAGAUCGGCUACGUAAAGGAGCAUAUGCAUCUGCCCAGGAAUGUCAAAACAAUAUCAGUCACUGCACGGUUCUACCUUCAGAGAACAAGCCCUGUCUUCCUGAAAGGCCAAGAGUCUGUCAGCCAGACCUUAAAUCAGACACCCAGGAACAAAGAGGCAUUCCUACAAACAAUUCACCCAAGCAAAGACAAGCCGUUUCCUCUCAGUCUGAGAAAACCUCGCCUCAAACUGCUCCCUCAGAUGCCAGUUUAAACACCAGUUCUCAAAGUUCCCACCAUGUAACAGUCACAGAUGGUGGAAGGACACAGCCCAGGGUAGAAAAAGCAUUUCCAUCUGAGUCACAUAAGCCAAGUGUUUCCUCUAAAAGAGCUGCUUCCAGCAGCUGUGUUCCAAGCGCCCCUUUAAGCCCAGCCUCAAAUAAAGAGAGCCGAGUGGCACAGGCAGAUUUGUAUGACUCGAAUGUAUCAGAGUCAGAAAAGAGUCUCACCAUUGACACAAGCAGCUCAUCUGAGAAAACCCUGCGGGGCUGCGGACAGCUCAGGAAACGCAAAAAACGGCAGGGGAAACUGAAAACCAAGAGGUCUAAAAAGGAGGAGAAUGGCCUGCAGGAGGCGUCCCCGUCCAAGAGUCUUUCACCUGCAGCUCUGUCCCCCAGCAGUCUGUCUGCCAAGAACAUCGUCAGAAAGAAGGGCGAGGUGGUGAUGGCAUGGACCAGAGAUGAAGAUCGAGCUAUUCUGAUGUACCUGAAGACCAAAGGAGCUUCACGGGAGACGUUCUCUACACUGUCGGAGAAACUAAACAAGCCAUCAAGCCAGGUUGCUCACAGGUUUUACCAGCUCAUGAAGCUUUUUAAGAAGCAAGAGGAAAUGGAUACUUGAUUUUUCCCUUUGAUUUUUAUUUCAAUGGAAAAAAAUCUUCCCAACCAGACCUGUGUAAUGUGAUCCACUGCACUGCAGCAAAACUCAAGUGGCUCAUUCGUUGGAGGUUCUGGAGAGUCCUGAUGUGUUGGUUCCAACAUUGAUGCUGCUCUCCGUAAACAUCUCAAGACUUAACAGGAAGCACAAUUGCUUCCUUUUAAUAGAUUAUUUCCUGUUUAUUGAACUAACACAUGGCUUUAAUAAAAAAAAGAAACCUUAAGAGGAAUGUCUGAGUAUUUGACACAUUGAAAUGGGUUUUAUUUUUGUGUUAAUUUUUUAAGCAACUGGAAUUGUUUUUUUUUGUUUUUUGUUAUGAUCACCUUUUACUGAAAACCCAUGGCAGGAUCUACAAAUUCCUUUUUCAAUAUUAGCACUUUGUACAAUUUUCAACAAUGUCCUAGUCUUCCUCAAAACCAGUUGUAAAAUGUCUUAAAAACCACGUUUCAGCUCAGGACAUCCUCAUAUUUUUCUUCUAGUUCGCAAACUUUGUGCAUUCCCUCUGGUAACAACUUGAAGGGUAAUCCAGCAAUACAUUACCUGCUGUCAAAUCGACAGCUCUGGUCUUUUUUGCAACCAAUCUUUGUGUGACGUUAGUCUCGCUAACUAAUGUUGGUGUUUCUGGGUUUAAAGGCAGCAUUUUCUUUGCUGAUUACAUAAACUGUUUACAUGUCCAUCCAUGUCAGCAGACUGUCUUCAUACAAGCUGUUUCUCUGUGCCUUAAUGGCAUUAAGUUGAAAUCUUCUCAUUGUGUAAAUCAAAACCGAAUGCAUUAUUCUUCCUACUGUACAUAACAUUUUCUUGAAAAUAAAGUUGUAUUUAUUUAUGCA